AUGAUUGCGCUGUUUGUGAUACUCUGGGCGAUUUCGUGCGGAAAUUCCGCCAAGAUAUUGGGAAUUAUCUCUUUUCCGUCCUACAGCCACCAGGUGGUCUUCCAGCCACUAUGGAGAGAGCUAUCGCUACGCGGGCAUCAAGUAACUACCCUCACGGCCGAUCUAAUAAACGACCCCCAACUGACCAAUCUGACCGAAAUCAAUCUCCAUUUCUCCUACGACGCAUGGCGGUCAGUUUUGGGGGAGGUAAUCGAGGAUGUUAACACAGAUUUAAUUAAGUCGGUCACGGGGAUUACGAGGGCGAUGCAGGAGUUUUCCAGGGUGCAGCUGGCCCAUCCGCGCGUGCAGGGCUUGAUACGGAGCGACGCCUCUUUCGACCUGGUGAUCGUGGAAUACCUGCUGCCGAGCAUGUUCGGCUUUGCGGCAAGGUUCAAGUGCCCACACAUUGGCGUCACCUCCAUGGAUGCCUUGCAUCAUACAUUGAAGACAAUCGGGAACCCUAUUCAUCCCGUGAUUCAUCCGGAAUUCUUGCUACAUUUUACGGAUCACUCGACGCUACUUAAACGUUUCACUAGCGUCGCAUUUUCGCUGUUUACCGAGGUAUUAUUCAAUCACCACUUUUUCGCCACCCAGGAAACGCUCGUCGAAACCUACUUUGGGCCCAAUUACCCAUCGUUGACGGAGAUUGCCCAAAAUGUCAGCCUCUUCUUCAUCAACUCCGAUCCAAUCUUCUACAAAGCGAAACCGCUUCUUCCAAACGUCAUCCAGAUAGGCGGCGGAUCCUACCGGAUCCCAUCCGGCCCCCUGCCCACUGACCUACGAGACGUGCUAGACUCCGCAUCGGAAGGCGCCAUCUACUUCAGCUUGGGAACGAACGUCAAAUGCGAGGAUUUACCAAACGACACCAGGAAGCAGAUCCUGUCAACUUUCGCCGAGCUUCCCUACACUGUCCUGUGGAAGUUUGAUUCCGACCACAUGCCCGACGCGCCCAAAAACGUCCACGUGGCCAAAUGGUUCCCGCAGCCAAACGUCUUAAAGCAUCCCAACGUGAAAUUAUUUAUAACGCAGGGAGGGGUACAGUCGACGGAAGAAGCGAUUUACGCCCACGUCCCGAUAAUCGCCAUCCCUUUCUACGCGGACCAAUUCUCCAACGCGGAAAGGAUGCUCGAGAGAGGUUUCGGAUUGAAGCUCGAUUACAACCACUUGCGGAAGGAGGAGCUCAAGUCCGCCAUAGAGGAAGUGAUAACUAACCCCAGGUACAAGAGGAGAAUUGCCGAGUUGGCAGAGUUGGCCUCGGAUCAACCAAUGACAGGAUUGGAACGCGCGGUUUGGUGGACGGAAUACGUGUUGCGUCACAAGGGGGCCAAGCACUUCAGAAGCCCCUACCUGGACAUCCCCGCGUAUCAGUACUACCUUUUGGACAUCAUUUGCCUUGUAGCCGUUGUGUUCUUAAUACUAGUGGGGAUCCUAUUUCUUGUACUGAAGAUGGUGCUCAAGUAA